AUGGCAUCUCUACUACAGUAUUACCUUGUCCGUCCGGCCAGAAAAAUGCAGACCGAGUCCGGCUUCGUCAGGAUCCCUGAGUCCAAGGUCCCAAUGAUACCUAUUGACAUCCUUCCCGAAUGGAUCGAGAUCUUCGGACUCCCGCGCUCGCUCAGGGACAGCUACGCCGUCGGCCUCACCAGCCUGGGCCACGUCGAACAGCCCGAAGAGAAACUGGAGGUUAGGCUGCACAGAGUUGACCCGUCAGUGUACGAGAGAGCCAUGCCACAUGGCUCUGUAUCCCAUCUUUCAGGUCACAGUGGCGUAUUGGCCCCGAACACCAUGAAACCUGCCCAAACAAAGCCGGCCAGAACGACGCCAGGCGACUGCGUCCAGGCAGCGACGUUGGACGAGCUGAGAAAGCAGCGAGGGGAGCGACCCGACAGCGAGAGUUAUGUAAAUACGACAGAGCCCGGACGACCCGCACUCGACGCCCCGCGCAAACUGGAUGCCGAGAUGCCCGCAGCGCAGAAACGGCAGGCUGCCGAAGCGGGCAGGUCGCUUCGAGCUGCGCCGCCCGAGAAGCAGCAGGGUACGCGCACCGCGGCCGGAGGAGCCCCCGCAUCAUCAAAGGAGUCACUCGUAGCCGCGCCAAACGGCCUAUCAAGCUCGGUCCACGCACGCCGUGAUCUCUCGGUAGAGAUGGCAGCUGGGACAGGCAUUGUGUCUGCAGCGCCGUCUUCUCGGGACCAACUGUCAGCCGCUAGAGGGCUGCAGCUACUCGGCAGUGAGAGUAUGCGGAAGCCCAUGCACGGGGCGAAGAAAAAGAUAAAGACUCCUGGAGCUCGUCGGUACUGCCAUUACUGGUGUCAUCAUGGAGUGUGCAAGUGGGGUGCUGAGUGCCACUACCAUCACGCGAUGCCGGCGACAGGCGAGGGAUUGCGAGAGGUCGGACUCAAGGAUUACCCCCCGUGGUGGGCGGAGCUCUCGGGCCCGUCGAUGGGCACAAGGCAGUGCGGCCGUAUGGGGCUGAGCGCAGCAAGGAGAAAAACACCAUCCGGGCAGGAGACCAUUCCGCACGAGCUGGAGCGAAACCGUGGUCCUGUGAGCAGAUCCAAGACCGCGGUCUUGGAGGAUGCCGUGUCACUGGCUGCACGUCCGUCAGAGGAGCCGUCACGCUUGCGGCUUUCGGGCAGUUUAGGGGUGGCACAUGGGAGGAUGCAGUUUCCACCUACAAGCUCUUUGGUGGAUGGGAAGGAUGUUAUCCAGGAUGAUGGACGCCGGGAGCGGGCUACUCCAGGCCAGAAGCUCGUCGAUAUUGACUGA